UCCGGAAGUUAGCGAAGUUUUUGCUCGAGAAAUGGUUAGCUAGUUAGCUAUUUUGCAAGCCUUUAAAACCUGGGAUAUUCUUUGACAGGUUGAUUACUUGUCAGGUUUACUUGGCUAUGGAGUCGGCUUUAAAAGGGAAGGCCAAACGAAGACACCUGAGCGCGGCAGAGUGCUGCAGCCUGGCCCGAAGCCUGUCGCUCGCGCAGCCCUUGGCCCCGUGCAGCACGGAGCAGCAGCGCGGGCUCUACCCCAGGACCCCAACCAAGAGGAGAAGAGCAUCAGAUGGCGUCAGUCAACAAAGAGGCAUUAUUGAGUUUUUUUCUUCAGCCGGAGUCCUCAGCAGCAGUCCACAGAGAACAAAACAUCCCACAGUCAAGGCAGAGGAAGAACAGAAUGGAUCCAUCAUCCCAAAAGAUACAGAUGAUGGACAGACACUCACAGACAACCUGCUGGAGGGCUUUACUGAAGAGAUGUUUGGGGAUGACGAGGACUUUGAGUUGGGCAUAUGUGCAAUAAAGCAGGAGGAGGAGGAGAAGGAGAGGGCUGGAUGCAGCAGUUGGCAUGCUCCUCCCCCAUCUUUAGCCUUCAGCGCUGGGCACUCUUGCAUUAUUGUCAAAAAGGAGGAAGAAGAGGAUGAAGAGUACCCCGUGGACGCUCUCCCUGACACUCACUAUGGACUGCUGGGGGUGAGUGAGCGGCUGGCAGAGCCCCAGGGUCACUUCCAGGACCUGCCGGAAGAGGUGCUGAGCGUCAUUUUCGCUCAACUCCCCGCAGAUGACCUCUAUCGCCAUGUUAGCCUGGUGUGCCGGCGAUGGAGGGACAUCGUCAUCGAUUCUCGGUUUCUGCCCUGGAAGAAGUUGUAUUACAGAUACGAGAAGCAGGAAGAGCAGGCGGUGCAGGAGGUGAAGGCCCUCCUCGAAGCGAACCACAUUGUGAAAACCGACGAGCUCUGUGUGCUGAACAUGGUGAGGUAUAUGUCCCAGUUCAAACACAGCGCCCGUGUGAACGAGAAGGAUGUUUUGCUCUGCGUGAGAGGCCACCGGCUGUAUGCCCAGGCUGAGGUCUGCAUCAAACACAGACUGCCUGACAUGGAGACAGCGGACAUGGGGCCCAACCCGUGGUCAGUCAUGGCCCUGGUGCUGGUGCUGGCAGACGGGGUGAAAGAUGUCUUGGACCUGGUGACCCGCUUGCACGCCUCCGGCUGCCUGCUGAGCCCGGGGGGCAUCUCCGAGUACCUGUGGGCCAUGGCCACCCUGCUGCUCGCCAUGAGAAACACCAACAUCGUCAUCAGCAACAGGUGGCACUACAAUGUCUUCUACGUGCUGCAUCUAAUGGAGAAUGCACCGCCACCCGAGAGUCCUGCUGGUGGCAGAGGGAAGCAGCACCAGGUCACGCACGAGCAGCAGCAGAUCCUAAAUCACGACACACAGAGUGACCACGUUGUCAAAAUUAUGGCUUUUGCCGGCACUGGAAAGACAACCACUCUGGUGAGAUAUGCCCAACUGCGGCCACGCCUGCGCUUCCUCUAUGUCUCCUUCAACAAAUCGGUGGUGACGCACGCCAAAAGCACCUUUCCCUGCAACGUAAAGUGCAGGACCGUCCACGCGAUGGCCUACAGAGCUGUUGGAUACAGAUACAUGAAGCUUAAAAAGUUGGGCAGCAACCUGCAGCCCUUCACGGUGGCCUGGGUACUGCCCGACAGACGCGGGGGCUACGUCAAUGCCAAGGUGGUGACGCAGACCAUCAACAACUUCUGCGCCUCGACGGACGAGUGUAUCGGGCCCCAGCACGUCCCCGACGUCUUUAAGAACACUCACGGCCGCGAGGAGUGCACAACCGAUGCCCAAAAAAAAUUGUUUGCAGCUGAUGCAAAAGGCAUCUGGGCAAAAAUGAUAGAGCUGGAGCCUACCAAACAAAUGGCCCACCAUAUAACCCAUGAUGGCUAUCUCAAGCUCUGGCAGCUACAGAGGCCUGUGCUUGACGAAUUUGACAUCAUCUUUAUUGACGAGGCUCAGGACUGCACUCCAGUCAUCAUGGACAUCAUGCUUUCCCAGCGGUGUGGAAAGAUCUUGGUUGGCGAUCCCCAUCAGCAGAUAUACACUUUCAGAGGAGCUGUCAAUGCUCUGUUUGAUGUUCCACACACACAUCUCUACUACCUCACAAAGAGUUUUAGGUUUGGCUCUGAGAUUGCUUACAUUGGUGCAACAAUACUAGAUGUGUGCAAAAAAGUGAAGAAGAUUCUGGUUGGUGGAUACCAGAAUGGCAGUGUGAGAGGAGAAGACAAGGAGAUGAUGCAGACCCUUCGACUAGCCAAGAGCCAGGUUGGCGGGAUGGUGGCCAUUUUGUGCCGCUGCAAUGUGACCGUGUUUAGUGAAGCCGUACGGCUGACUGACGCCAACCCCGACUGCAGGAUCCACAUCGUGGGAGGUGUUGAAAAUUUUGGUCUGAAUAAAAUCCUGGAUAUCUGGAUUCUUAUGCAGCCCGAGGAAAAGCGUAAGAGGGAGAACCUGUGGAUUAAGGACCGGUUCAUCCGCCACUUCUGCAAAGCCAAGCUGGGGGGUUACGUGGGCCUGAAGAAGUACGCGGCGCACACGGAGGACCGUGAGCUGGCGGCCAAGCUCUCUGUGGUGGAGAAAUACAAUGCCCGCAUCCCAGAACUGGUGGAUCGCAUCACCACCUGUGCCCAGAGCCAGGCCAGCAGUGCAGAUUACAUCCUAGGUACGGUGCAUAAAUCGAAGGGCCUGGAGUUUGACACCGUGGUCGUGACGGAUGACUUUGUGAAGAUUCCCUGUUCCCGACACAACCUGCGCAGGCUCAAUAUAAGCCCAGGCACACGGAACGUUCAGGCGGACGAGUGGAACCUACUGUAUGUCGCUGUGACUCGAGCCAAGCGAGUCCUGUACAUCACCAGGAGCAUCAGCAAAAUCCUCACGCUAGCAGGAGAGUACUUCCUGAGGUCGGAGCUGACCAGCACCCUGCUGAAUAAGGAGGAGUCCUGCAGGUGUAGCACCAGAGAGUGUCCGAACCGCAUUACCCAGGGAGCUCCUCUCAGCAUGCACAAACUCCCCAUUGCAUACUUGGAUGAUGUAGAGGAGGGUGGCGUUCUGUGUGCGGCGUGUGUGGAACAACGUGUAGGUCCUGUGGCCUUUCUGCUGGCUCCGGCUGAGAAGAUCAGAAUGAUGCACUACACAGAGGAACAGCUGGAGCUGCCCAUUAACAUCUCCAUGUUGCUGGCUCUGCUCUAGCUACACACACCCUCACGUCAAAUACGUGUGUGUGUGUGUGCGCGUGCAUGCAUCUUAGCUCUAAAAAAGUGUCUACAUUCAUUUUUUCCCCCAAAAACAAAAGACAAAACCUUACGAACCUGCACUUAAAAGUGAGGAGUACUGCACCUCAAAAUGUUAGCAUUAACUUAUGCUGUGGGAGCUUGUAAUUAAAUCUUGAAAAAGAAAAGCUCUUUUUAAUCUGUGUUUUGCCAAUUAGUCCCUGAGCGCUGGGACCGCUGGCUUCAGUGGUGCAGGACUGCUGAGGGUCCCAGUGCCCUGACUGACCUGGCCUGCGGUGGGCGUCUCUUGCGUACCCUUGCUGCAGCAGGCGGCAUGUUGGUCAUCAUGUCUGAAAAUGUUGGGUUUGAUGCCGUCACCAUGCUGGAAAGCAGGGAGCUUGAAUGAGACAGCCCAAGGCUCUAGGGCAGAAAUCUGCCCCAGUGUGCCUUCAGGCUCUGCUGCACCUGUUCAGUCGGGGUUGCCAGUCGCUAUCCGUGUUUGACACACUUUUGCACUAUACAAUUAGCACAGCGUGUUUUUAAUUUUUAUUUUAAUCGUUUUGAGUAUGUGAAUACGUGCUGAUGGACGUCGGCAUCAAAAACCAAGACGUACAAUAUGAGUAAAAAAGUUUUUACGCAAGA